AAAUUGAAAUUCCCAUGGUGCCCGUUGCGCUCAGGGCAGCAGCGGCAGCGAUACUGCUGGGAAGGGAGAGCCGAGCUUUUUUGAGAUCCACUGCGUCUCCGCGCGUAGCGGCCAGGAGUUCGUCAGUUUUCAGAAUGACAAGCGCUCAGGCGAGGCCGCCUGCCGCGGCUGCCGACGUGGCCACAACAGCAGGAGGGACACUGCUCGCCCAAGGUGACUUCAUGUCCAAGUGUGACCUGGUGCUCGCCAGCCAGAGUCCAAGACGCCUGGAGAUCGUGGGCAUGAUGGGACUGGCGGAUCGCGUUCGUGUGGUCGUCUCCGAGUUUGAGGAGAAUCUGGACAAGUCAUCUUUCAAGGACCCCAGGGACUAUGCGAUUGCCAACGCAGAAGGCAAAGCGAGAGAGGUGGCAAGUCGCGCGUUGCUGGAUGCAGAAGGCGAGGGAGCAGAGCCCAUCGUGGUGGUGGGAUCGGACACAAUUGUUGAUUUGGACGGCGUUAUCCUAGAGAAGCCGAGGGAUGAUGAGCACGCGUUCUCGAUGCUCAGCUCUUUGAGCGGUCGACGACACCUGGUGCACUCGGGCGUAAGCAUUUUUACCAGCAAACUGGGCAAGGACAAAGCGGCGGUGAGCUUUUGCGAGACGACCCAAGUGCUCUUCACGGCACUAUCGGCCGAGGAGAUUCGCGCUUAUAUUCGGACACGAGAGCCGAUGGACAAGUCUGGGUCAUACGGCAUACAGGGGGAAGGUGGACAAUUCGUGCGCAAGGUGGACGGGUGCUACUUUAACGUGAUGGGGUUCCCGAUGCACGCCUUCUCGAGACGUUUAGCAGAGGUCAUCCGAGACGGGAAGGCAUGAUGUAGCGCGAACACCCACCUGCAUGUGACAUCACUUUGAGUGAAUGCGUGAGUAGUGACUUUCGCUGAUGGGCGACCCUUGUGUGGAUUGUUUUUUUUUCCCCUCGCUGAUUCCAGUCUGCGUCACGAAAAGCCCGUUCCGCAAAACUAAACGUCAACAAAAUGCAGACUAGGCUUGCGUUUUCCAAGUGUUUUGUAUGAUCUGAUCGUGGGAAGGACUGUUUUAUUCCGGAUGUGGGCUUUUGGGGACCCGUGUGAGCGUUUGGGUUGGCCGUUGCUUGUCCCGAACUGAGGGAACUUUCGCGUUGGGGAGCGGGUACCUUUGCUCUGUGGAGAACUUGUGUCUACUUAGAGGUUCGUGCGGUCAGGGUAGGCACGCGGCCACAACGUUGGUCUUAUCUUUGAAUACAUUGGUACAUUGGAGAUGCUUUUUUACAUAGGUUGGGGAGGUGAAGUUCCAGUCUUCAUCCUCAGUAGCUAUAGAAAAGGGGGCAUUUAAACAGAAGCUUUCCGUGA